GAUAAUAUGUAUAUGAUGUUAUAACAUUAUAUUACAAUGUAAUUUUUCCACCGUAUCGUUUACUUUGCAUAUAAUAAACCAAAGAAAAACGUAAGGAAGAAAUGACAUAUUUCCUGUUACGUGUGCACGGGGGAGUGUACAUGUUAAACGAUGUAAACAACAAGAGAGCGACUAGACAGACAGGGCCGAUUAUAAUGUUGGCUUUACAAUGUUAAAUUAAAUUGUUGUAAUCACAAAUUGGAUAUCUUGUGUAAUUCCGACUAACCAUCAUGAAUCACCCAGUUACCGUCAAAGUGAAUUUCCGUGGGAGCGUGAAGAAGUUUCCCGUUGUGGAUACAGACAAAGCGCAGUGGGAGACAGUAGAGGCCUGGAUUAAAACUACUUUCGGCUUAUGCCAUUUUCAAGCUAAAUAUUUUGACGAGGACAAUGAAGAGAUAUCAAUAAACAGCCAAGAUGAGUAUACAGAGGCUUUAAAGAGUGCAUUCAAGCAAGCCAACCAGCUACACAUGAAUGUGUAUAAGAUGAAAGGCCAGGCUGAAGGUGGGCCUGUUAAAGCUGAAGUAAAAGAACUCAGAAUUGAUCCCAGACCAGCACCACCAUAUCGUGCCAGAGUAAAAAUGGCAGACAAGGAGACACAGGUGACCCCCGAGCGGGACUCGGUGGUUGUGAAGGAAAAUAAAGUGAAUAAGGUUGAAGAGGAGGCUGUCCCUGCGUGGUUCAAAUCUUACAUGGACAGAUUCAAAGAUCAGGUAGUGAGGGAGGUUGUGGAUAAGAUGUGUAGUGAAUUUUCUGGCCAGUGCUGUACACACAGAGCCUCUGAUCCCCCAGAAGAGCCCAGAACUUCUGGGACACAGAUGGCUAUAGUCAGUUCCACAACACAGAGGACCUCGACACCUAACUGCAGCAGCUGCAAGGGACCAGCCACUGGAGGAGGAUAUCACUGCAGCGUGUGUCCCUCUUGCAUCUUGUGCGAGCCAUGCAGUCACAAACAUGACCCCAGUCACAACUUAAAGAGAACAAGGACCCCCUUGUCUGUCCCAGAACGGGGAGUGACUCCAGAGCCCAGGUUCUUGCGGCGUGGAGACAGGACUGUCCGCAAGGCUGAGCGCCAGCGUCUGAAAGCUGAGCGGAGGCAGCUGAAGGCCGAAGUGAAGGAGAUUAAGAAGAAGCUGCGGUUGGAGAAGAGAGGCCUGCUGUGGAGUGGAGCCACCAAUGGCACCAGCAGCUCAGGUCUUGGCCCUGCUCCUGCUCCUGCCCCUGCUCCUGGUGCAGCUGCAGCCCCAGGCUCAGAGCCUCAGGCCUCCAGUCCAGAGGGUCCCAAGGUCUCCUGCUCCACCUUGGUGCCCACAAUGACAGCCUUGUUUCUGGACGAGAAUCUACCAGACGGAACAUGUCUGGAGCCUGGCACCAAGUUCAUCAAGUACUGGAAGAUGAGGAAUACUGGGAACAUCAGCUGGACUUCUGACACAAAGCUGAAGUUCAUGUGGGGAAACCUGGCCUUGGAGUCACAGGAGCAGAAAGAGGUGGCGGUGCCCUUCCUCAAGCCAGGCCAGGUUGGUAUGGUGAAUGUGGCAUUUGUGGCGCCCAUGCUAGAGGGCACCUACACCUCCCACUGGCGCCUGGCACACUGCGGCGUGCAGUUUGGCCCGCGAGUGUGGUGCAGCAUCGUAGUAGUCCCCAGCUCAGGCCAGAAACUCAACUCCCACUCCAGCAAAGUAUUUAUGAAUAAACACAGUGUUCUAGGAAUGGAUGGGAUGUGCUGGACUGGCUCCAGAGAUGACACCCGGGGGUCCUCCAGCAGCAAGAGAGAGUACUACAUUCCCUCUGUGGACCUGCUCACUGCACAGGAUCUGCUCUCCUUUGAGUUGCUGGAUAUAAAUAUUGUCCAAGAGUUGGAGAAGGUCCCAGCUAACACUCCAGCUGAUAUGACUCCGUGCAUGUCCCCAGUGCCACAUUACGGACCUACAUUUGGAAAGCAUGGAUUGGGCAUAGUAAAAGAGAAUGCAGAGCACACAGGCAUGAAAAAACUCCAAGUUGUGCAGCCUCAGAGACACUCUGAGAAUGUGGAUCUUCAAGUUCCUGAUGAAGGUGAUGAUGACAUCAGCGGGACUCAGUUUGUCUGUGAGACCGUGAUUAGGUCCCUCACGCUGGAGGAAGAGCCUGAGCACAAACCUCCACGACGAGUUCGAGCCAACCACAGCAGGCCUGAGCAUCAUGACCCCACCCCCUUUAAUGAGAGGUCCUUGAUAGAGAGGAUUGACAGACCUCUCCUGCCAAUCAUUAAGAGGCCAGAAGCUCCACCCCCAGUCCAACCACCCAACAUACUCGAAGAGCCUGCUAUCUCAGUUUUUUCAGAAAUGUUGAUUGGCUCUAAUGAAAACCUUUACACUGACCCUGCUGCUCUGGAGGAGGAGGAGGAAGUGAAAAAGGAAGAUCAGGAUAAAGAGGAAGAGGCAGGAGAGUGGGAUGAGGUGAGCAGCCAGGCGUCCUCAGCCUCUUCAGAAGAAUACCUUGUUGUCUUGCCUGACUGCUUUGAUACCUCCAAACCCCUGGGAGAUUCUCUGUACAGCUCAGCUGUGUCCCAGCCUGGAAAUGCCUGUAGAACAGAGCCUGAGAGAGCACAGGACCAGACCACCGCAGAGGGGGAGACAGUGGAACCAACAUCCUUUAUGCAAAACAGUGUGAACAGGUUGCUGUACACCUCUCAGAUACUGAACACUCCUCCACUUAUUCCUGAAAUGGCACCUGCACCUGUCUCCCUGUCACCACCCCCAACUCUCCGUACACACAGGUCAAUACAACCUUUUGUGACUGAGAUUAGAACACUGGAAUCUGAGGAGAACAGAUCAUGUCCACCUGAGAACAAAACAAAUGGAUUAGGAUCAGCACAUCUGGAGGCCCCUGCCAGUGCCUUUGAGACAUGCAGCUCUCAGGAUCCCAGGCUACGUCAUGGUGGCCUCACUGAAGGGCUGGUGAAGGGGGCUCUCUCAGUGGCAGCAUCUGCUUACAAAGCCCUGUUCACAGGCCAGAGCAGCUCCACACAGCGGCCCAGUGCAGACCCAGCGUCUAAAGAAGCCUCGCUGAUAGCUGUGCUGCAAGAGAUGGGCUUCAGUAACAAGCUGCUAAACCAGAAGCUGCUGAGGAAGCAUCAGUACAAUCUACUGGACGUGGUCAAUGAGUUGGUGCAAAUGACCGACAAUGAAUGGCACACAACAAGGCAUUGAAGAUGGUGGAAUUAGUAACCUCGAUAGGAGUGAUAUAGGAGGUGUCUGUAAUAUACUCGAGUUGAGAUGUGAUUCUUUUUUAAGUCAGGGGUUUGUGGUUUAGUGUAGGACUGCUUUAAUACAGCAGUGUUGCCUCACUUAACUGACAGAGCGAUUAUUCAGUUGUAUAGUUUUCAAUUAUAUGUUUUUAGCACAUUAUGAAUGGGAAAUCUAAGAAAUUGAUCUAUUUGUCUGAUUUAUCUAUAUUUCUUCAAGCACAGUAGUGUUCUAACACAUUGGAAACUUUAAUGUGCUUAGUGACUAAUAAGAUGCAGAGACUAGUGAGAGAGAUUGCCUUGAGAUUGUCAUGUGGUUGGGAAUAAUGCUUUUACAAACUCUUCACAAUUGCCAAUCAGAUGUAGGAUAUGUAAGAACACUUUCAGUAAUUUAUGCGCUUUGUCACCGUGACCUCUAUGAUCUCAUUUUGAAUAACACUAAUUGCUGUAAUGUUGAACCAUGUGACACUAAGGUGGCGGUUUUCCAACAACCAUAAAAUGUGCAAUGACUUGUUGAAUCAUGCUUAACAUAGCUCGUGAUUGGUCGGAAUUUUGCUAGACAACAGCUGUUGGUUGUCCUCUGUGUAAUAACAAUGUGAUCAUGGAGCUAAUGGCUUAAGUAAAUGUGGUUCUUGGUGUCCAGGAAAUAAAGCAUUCCAUAUUAA